GACUGGGGAGCUGAGGAGGAGCAGGGAAAAACGUUAGAGUAGAAUGAGCUACACGAUGUGUAAUUAGGAUCAGAGAGCUGCUUGACAAAAGCUUUCUUCAGUACUGCAUGAUGGACAACCUGGACGGAGAUGAACUCUGCUACCAUCAGCUGCUCAACUUGUCCUGCAGAGGUUUGAGACGUUCUCACUCUGAGGUCGCCCUCCUCUACACACUGUUGUCCUCCAUCUCUGUGCUCACCGUAGCCCUCAACCUGUUGGUUAUCAUCUCCAUCUCCCACUUCAAGCAGCUCCACACCCCCACCAACGUCCUCCUCCUCUCCCUGGCCAUCUCAGACCUGCUGGUCGGGCUGCUGGUGAUGCCGGUGGAAACGGUGCGGUUCAUAGAAACCUGCUGGCUGUUGGGGGACCUCAUGUGUGCUCUGUCGUACAUUAUCGGUGCCAAUCUCAUCUCGGCCUCUGUGGGGAACAUGGUGCUUAUAUCGAUAGACCGUUUCGUAGCUAUUUGUUAUCCUCUGCAAUAUCCCAACAAAAUCACUCACAGCAGGGCUCAGGUGUCUGUAAGUCUGUGCUGGACCUGUUCGCUGCUGUACAACGGGCUGAUCUUAAAGGACCACCUGAGGCAGCCGGACAGAUACAACUCCUGCUACGGAGAGUGUUUGGUGGUGAUUGACUAUAUCUCUGGAACUGUAGACCUUGUUUUCACGUUUAUUGGCCCCUGCUCAGUCAUUGUCGUUCUGUACAUGAGAGUGUUUGCUGCAGCCGUGUCUCAGGCUCGAGCUAUGCAGUCUCAUAUUACAACUGUUGCAGGCAGUAUGGCAACAAUCACUGCAAAGAAAUCAGAGAAAAAAGCAGCCAGGACUCUUGGUGUUGUGAUAUUAGUGUUUUUGAUGACUUUCUGUCCUUAUUAUUAUCCUUCUGUAGCAGGACAAGACAUCUCAAACAGUGCUUCGUCCUGGGCCAUUGUGUCCUGGUUGAUGCUUUUCAACUCUUGUCUGAAUCCUCUGAUUUAUGCCUUUUUCUAUCCGUGGUUUAGAAAAGCCAUCAGGUAUACAGUCACCCUGAAGAUACUAGAGAAGGACUCCUCUCAGGCAAACAUACUUUAAAUUCAAUAUACACGUUUCAUGAUCCAUGAGAGAAAACAGCAAAAUGAAACUUCUGUUCAUAAGUGAUGCUAGCAUGUGUUAUAUGUUGCUGAAAAAAAUGUAUUUCACAUAGAAGCAUUAUUUCAUUUGUACCACUGUCUGUCACCAGCAUGUUAUUCAGCAAACAUUUAAUCCAGAGCUGUUCAGCUGAUCUGAAGGAAACUGAUCUGCAACGUGAUAAUCAAUUUAACAUGUAAGUCAUUUGUGAAACAGAUAAAACUGAACAUUGGAUGGUUUCAGCCUCUGAAAUGUGAAAAUGUUCUGCUUUUCUUCAACUUAAUCCUGAAUAUAGUAAGCUCAGUAUCUUUCAGCUUGAAACUGUUUCUCUUUAGGAAACUGAUAAUAUGUAUAUAAUUGAUAUCAGUGAUUAUCCACUAUUUCAGUCAUGAAAAUAUUUAUUGCUGAUAAAAUGUAGGAAGUAAUCAGUUUCUGCAAAAACAAAACAAAAAAAUACCACCUAGACAAUAUACAUCAUGCACUUUAAUUAAAAUAGGUUUAAUUCUUACCCUGUCUAAAGUUAAUUUUAUCAGUGGUUCAGGCUGGAUUUGUUUUCUCACAAUUUUACAAUGAUGCUCUAACAAAUGUUUGCAGAGAAUUUAGCAACAUAAAAACUGCAUUGUUGUGAAUUACCUAUUGUCUGAAUUGUUGUUUCUUUCUGACUGUGAGCAGAUGUUUUUUAUACACUGCGUGAACAUUUUGUAGCAUUUUAAUCCAAAUGCAUUUCAUCAUUAUGUCUGUGAAUCCGUGAUUUAUUCAUGUAAUUAUUUAGCAACACUAAUGUCCAUUUGUACCACUGUCUGUCACCAGAAUGUUAGUCAGAAAAAAUUUAAUCCAGAGCUGUUCAGCUGAUCUGAAGGAAACUGAUCUGCAACUUGAUAAUCAAUUUAACAUGUAAGUCAUUUGUGAAACAGCUACAACUGAACAUUGGAUUGUUUCAGCUUCUGAAAUGUGAAAAUGUUCCGCAUUCCUUCAACUUAAUAAUGAAUAUAGUAAGCUCAAUAUCUUGAUUUGUUUUGUCACAAUUUUACAAUGAUGUUCUAACAAAUGUUGCUGUCUCAGAGUUUCAUUUGUUAUAACAAUAACCUCAAAAAAUACAAGUAGAAACUGUCCUGUGAAAAACAGCAGGAACAACUGUCUAGAAAUAUUGUUUUACAGGUUUUCUUUCUGUGAAU